AUGCUGGACGCCAACGUCUCCAAGACACUGCGCCAAAGCAAUUGCACAAAUAAUUCCAGUUGUGGAUAUGCAUCAGUUGGAUUUCCUAUAACUAUGAUGAUCACCGGAAUGGUGGGCAACUCGCUAGCUCUUAUCCUGGUGUGCAUCUCCUACAGAAAGAAGGAAAAUAAAAGGAAAAGGUCCUUCUUGCUUUGCAUUGGAUCUCUGGCGCUGACAGACCUGUUUGGGCAGCUUUUGACAAGUCCAAUUGUGAUUUCAGUUUACCAGUCUGGUAGGAAUUGGAAUGACAUCGACGAAUCUGGCAAGUUAUGCGCCUUUUUUGGCGUGUGCAUGACAACUUUUGGCCUGUGCGCUCUCUUCAUGGCGAGUGCCAUGGCGAUCGAAAGGGCCUUGGCUAUCACUAACCCGCACUGGUACUCGAAUCACAUGAAGACAAGUGUGACAAAGCAGAUUUUAGCUGUUAUAUGGGGUCUUGUUUUGCUGUUUGCUCUGCUGCCCGUAGCAGGGGUCGGGGAAUACACGCAGCAGUGGCCGGGCACCUGGUGCUUCAUCAGCACGGUUGAUGCCAAAGUCCCAGGAAAUGGAUUCUUCUCCACCACUUUUGCCAUACUCGGGAUCUCGGCUCUACUUAUAACACUUUUCUGCAAUGUGGUGACGAUCCGGGGCGUAGUUACCCGGUGUAAAACAAAAUCAGGCACUUCUCAGUCUUCAAAGCAGUGGGAACGGCUCACAACGGAGACCGUCAUCCAGUUGUUAGGGAUUAUGUGCGUCCUGCUUAUAUGCUGGUCUCCUCUGCUGGUGCUGAUGCUGAGGAUGAUCUCCACCCAGGUCUCGUCCGAUCAGUGUAAUUCAAAGGGAGCAUCAAACCGCACCUCCAAUCAGGAUUUCCAUCUAGAUUGUAACUUCUUUCUGACGGCGAUACGCUUGGCCUCCCUCAACCAGAUCCUGGACCCGUGGGUCUAUCUGCUCCUCAGGGAGAUCCUCCUGCGCAAGUUCUGCAUCAUGGCUAAUGCUGUCUCCAACUGCUCUUCAGAGGAUCAGAAAGAGAUGCAGACAGCUCUUAACAAACAGAACCAAGAAACAAAACCUUCAUAAUGCCCUCCUCUAAAAUGAAUCCAGCCUUGCACAGUAAUUCCUGAAGCCAGGAGAGCUUUCUAUCAGGAUAAUGAAACAGGCAAAAGAGUGGGAAUGGAUUUCUGCCCAUGAAAGGAUAUUGUGCAGCAGGAGCAAGUGUAGCCUCUGUUGCACUGAUAAUGAAAUGAAAAAUAUCU